AUGCCUUCAGUGCUGUGCUGUGUGAUGGGUGUGCUAGUCAUCUGUAAUCCUUCCCGCCAUAGCGUGUUCCUUGCCCGCAUUCAGAGACGACAUCGCUUAGGGAGAACGCGUGACGCUGGCGAAAUCCGUGCUCCGGCUAAGACCAAAAAACUCUUUCUAUUCCACCUACUCGAAUACCCCUUACUAUUCCGCAGGACUUGUCGCUGGCACGUGCGAAACUACGGCAGCGAAGACGAUCCUGUGAAUGUUACCCUAUGUAACGCGUGCAAGAUCAAUUUCGAUCAGGGCAAGUACUGUCCCUUCUGCGUUCAGAUCUACCGCGAGAGGGAUCCAGACAGCUUCGACAAGAAGCAAUGGAUCGGCUGCACCAAUCGCAACUGUCGCCGCUGGUCGCACGAGGAGUGCGAGAUGGAGUACGGAAUCGACGUCUCCAAGAUCGACCGCCGAUCCUACCAAUGCCCGGGAUGCCGCGACGCGGGCAAGCACUCUGACUGCAACGACCGCCGUCGCUUGGGUCGCCACAACGCGGCGGAUCGCCUGGCGAUCGCGCAGGCCGCAGCAGCUGCCGCGGAAGCGGGCGGUGCAACCGGGGGAGAGAAGGACCGCGGGGGGAGAGGGGGAAGCGGAGGGGGUGCUGAUAAGGCCGGGGGGUCAGCAAGAGGCCAGGGUACCGCAGGGGGAGCGGGAGGCGCAGCAGGGGGAGCAGGGGGAGCGACAGGAGGGGGAGAGGUAGCGGCAGGGGGAGAUGGAACGGGGGGAGGUGGGAGGAAAGGGGCGGGGAGCGGAAGGGGGAGUGGCAGUGUGAAGGUGUUGUUUAAGGGCGGUGCGGGGAGGGGAGGAGGAACGGGCGAUGCGGAGGGGGAGGCGGUGAAGAGUGACGAAGGGGGGAGCUGCAAUGACACUGACAGCGACACUUUCCCGGGACUGCAGGACUCGUUGCACUCCCCCAACCCCUCAAGCGACUCAACGCCCGGCGACCAUGCUGACUCAGCUAACCGCGUUGACCGCGUUGACCAGUCAAAGCCCGAGCUUGCCAUUGACCAGAGGAUCCACCCCGUAGAUCACAUUGACCAGAUUGACCAGGCUGACCCCAUGGAUACAGGUGACGAUAAGGGAUCUGGAGAGGUGGAGGGGGAAGAGGGCGAGAGGGAGCGGAACCGAAAAUCAUCUAGCAGUAGUCACCACAGUAACAACAGCCAAGAUAACAGUAACGAGUAUGACAACAGCGAGUAUGGAUGGAGGAAAUCUCCUGUAGCAGCAGCAGGAGGAGCCGGAGCCGCAACAGCAGCAGUGGCGCCCACGGGGUCUGUGGUGCCUCGGAGUAGUAAGAGGGUGCAAGGCAGCAGCGCCAAGCCUCUCAAGGUGGAUCUAUCUAAGCUGCAGACGAGCUCGCUGCGGCGCUACAAGCGAGUGUACAAGCUCAGAGACGCUUCUUCCGGCAAGGUGGGUACUUGGGUUAUGUGGGCCGACGAGGAUGUAAGUCAGGGUACACUCAUCAGCUUAUACGACAGUAAAGACUUUCGCUAUAGCGAGUUCACCGCGUAUCACGCCAUCCGGCCCGACCCGCGAGCGCCGUGCCACGAUCUUCCCGAGGAGCUGGUCGGUCGCGUCGGGUCGCUGAUGAUCACGUGGAACACUCGCGACCACACGAAGCGGCACAUGAUGUGUAACACGGUGUGGUUCUUUUCGGAAUCGCAAUGCGCGGGCGUCGCGACGGGAAUCGAGCUUCCGGACGGCCCGCAGCACGCGAGUCCGCGCAACUACAGCUACGGCUUCACCGUGAAAAAGAACGUUCGUGGCCCAUUAGCUUCAGUGGCUUCAGUCGGCUGCUCUUACACGCCUAAUCCCUGCUCGCUCUACGGCUGCCCUGCACAUUCAGUGUGCGACUCAGCCCAAGGAACGUCGCAUAUCACUGUGUGGUUCUUCCCCGGGUUGAAAUGCGCGGGGACACCCAAGGGAGUGCCGCGGCCUGCGUCAGUAUCAAAUGCGUCCUCUUCUUUGAGCUUCGUAGGCGUACUGGCCGAGCCAAUGAGGUCAGCGGCCUCCAUCGCAUGUUCCUAUGACAGGAACCCGUGUGCCGUUGUUUCAUGUCCUGCCAACACCACAUGCACCUCCUAUGGCAACACUGCGCAUGCAUGCCCAUGCAGCUCUGGCUUCACUCGAGUCAAUGGCAACUGUGUUGACAAGUGCACGGCCAGAAACUGUCCAGCAAAUUCUUCCUGCUAUCUCCGUGAAGGGGCAGCGGAGUGCGUGUGCAAGAGAGGGUUCGUGCAGCAAUCCAACGGCUCCUGUGCGCCGCAGCCCGUCCAUGAUGACUGGCUGGGAUUGCAGAACGACGCCAGAGCGUCCGUUGGAUCGCCGCUUCUCAUUUGGAAUGAAACCUUGGCAGCAGCAGCACGAGCAUGGGGAACCAAGCUAACAUCCACAUCCUGUUACAAUACCUCCCUGGAGAAAGGAGUUCCCUAUGCUCAGAACACUCUGGCUGCAUAUGGGUUUGCUCCACGAGACACGGUCAACGUGUGGAUGUCUGGAAGGCUAAGCUACACCCGUGCUGAGUUCCCUAACGGCUGCAAGAACGGGCAACUUCGGAACUGCAUACACUUCCUCAGGGCGGUGUGGAACACGACAAAGAAUCGACCACCGGUUACGAUCGCCAUGGCUGUUCCGUCUCCCCGGAAUGCUGCUCCCGCGAGGCGCGCCCCUCGUACCGCCUUACCGUCCGUCACCGCGAUCGUCGCCGUUGUCUCCGCGAUGCUCCUCACUGCUAUCACCCACCUUCCGCUAACCGUGUCCGCCGGUACCGUUGCCCCCGCCGCCGUUCCACCCGCCGUCGUACCGCCCGCCGUCGUCCCACCCGCCGUCGUUCCCCCCGCCGUUGUUCCGCCCGCAGUCGUCCCGCCCGCCGUCGUUCCGCCCACCGCGCCGUUCGCGCAAGCCGUCCCGGGCACGCUCCUCGCGCUCUACAACCGCCAGUACUUCGCCAACUCCCCCAAAACCCUCCCGUUCGUCGCGAUCCGCCCCAACCCGGCUGUAGCGUGCUACGACCUGCCUCCGGAUUUCGCGCGCAGCGUGGGCUCGGCGCGCGUCUGGUGGAACACGAAGGAUAACCAGCCGGAGCAUAUUAACUGCGGCACGGUGUGGUUCUUUCCCGCUUAUGGCUGCACGGGUGCUGCGACUGGGAUCCGCAGGCCUGGGAGCUUGAAUACCACCGCCCCCAGAUACAACGCGUACAGCAAGCUGCCAGCACAGAUGGCCACAGCAGCUUCUGUCGGCUGCUCUUUCUUCCCCGACCCGUGUGCGGUCAUAGCAUGUGCGGAUCCCAACGCCAUGUGCAAGUCCAACAAGGGCACAACUCACGUUUGCCGCUGCCAGCCUGGAUUCACCAGUGUCAACGGCACGUGCACUGACGUGUGCACGCAGAAGCAGUGUCCUGCCAAUUCCACCUGCAUCCCCCGGGGCAGCCUCGCCACGUGCCGCUGCGACCCGGGCUUUGACCGCCAGGAGGACGGCACGUGCUCGCCCACUCCCCCAAACAAGGAGUGGCUGCAGCCUCACAACGAUGCCCGGGCUGAAGUCGGCUCACCCCUGCUCGUGUGGAAUGAAACACUGGCAGCAGCAGCCCUCACCUGGGCGCAGCAGCUAGUGAACUCCUCUGCUGCCUGUUUCAACACCACCCUGGAACCUCCCUCCUCCGUGCCCUACGGCCAGAACACACUCGCUGCAGUCAACACCUCCCCUUCUGAAGCCGUGCAGAUAUGGACGGACGAGGCCGCCCGCUACUCGCGCUCACCCUACCCCUAUGGGUGCAACGGGUUGCAGCUGAGGAACUGUGUACACUUCAUUCGGGCUGUGUGGAACACCACUCUCAGCGUGGGCUGUGCUGCCGUGCCAUGCAAGAACAACUGGCAGACAUUUGUCUGCAAUUACUACCCCAAGGGGGCUAUUCCCGGUGCAUACCCUUACUAA